AUGGCCAGUACCCGGGAUUCCCACUCUUACGCCUGUGAUGAGUGCCGUCUCCGAAAGUCGAAGUGCUCCAAGGAAAAGCCGGUUUGCGCGCAGUGCAAGCAGUUGACCAAAGAAUGCAAAUAUAGCCCCAAGGUCACGAGAAGUCCCCUAACGCGACAGCACUUGACGUUCGUAGAAGACCGAUUACAAGCGUUCGAAACUGCCCUCUGCAGAUUAUUCCCAGGAGGUGACCUAGACGCCACAGUCCGCUCUCUCCUGUACGACCAAGAUGGCCCGCCAAAACCGGACCCAUCAUCAAAGUCCUCAUCGAGGCACUCAACCCCAGCAAAGACAGAGGCAGAUCGGACCGAGCCAGCGCCUGAGGCCCUCCCGCAGCAGGCCGACGGGUUCGACUGGACGGAAAACAAAAUCACCGUCGGUGAUCUAACGGACGGCAUGGCUGCCCUGUCCAUCAAGCCGGAGGGCGCCGGCUAUUUCGGCGCAUCCUCGAGCGUGGUGCCCCUCCGGGCGCUGCUCAAGCACGGCUUCGAUCUCAACAUCCCCGCCGGGACGACGAAGCAUAUCGGCUCCGCAGGAGUGCCACUGAAAUCGCAGCUUCUCAACUCCGCCCCAUCCGGCCUCGUCGAGCAAGCCUUCAUGGACGCGUUCUUCCUCAACUACCACUCGAGCUACCCAUUCGUGCACGAAGAGACCUUCCGCGCACAGUUCUAUGAGCAGGCCCCGCGACGACACGGCCAAGCUUGGCAGAUCCUGCUGAACACCAUUCUCGCGCUCGGGGCAUGGAGCAUCGGCGACGACAACUCCGACCUAGACAUCACCUUCUACCAAGAAGCGCGCAGCCACCUGCAGCAGGUCUCCGUGUUCGAGACAGGCAAUCUCACCCUCGUGCAGGCGCUCCUCCUCCUGAGCAACUACGCCCAGAAACGCAACAAGCCAAACACAGGCUGGAACUUCCUGGGGCUAGCCGUCCGGAUGGCCAUGAGUCUGGGCCUCCACAAGGAGUUCCCCGGGUGGAAGAUCAGUCUCCUGCAGCGCGAAGUCCGCAGAAGACUCUGGUGGGGCGUCUUCAUCUUCGACAGCGGCGCCGCAAAGACAUUCGGCCGCCCCAUCCUCCUCCCCGAAGAGAGCGUCAUGGAUGCGAAGAAGGUCCUCAACAUCCACGACAACGCCCUCACCCCGACGACCACCACCCUCCCCGCCGAAGUCGACGGCCCAACCCUAUACACAGGAAUGAUCGCGCAAGCGCGCUUCCACCUCCUCACAAACAGCGUCUACCAACGGCUCAUCUCCAGCCCGAGCCUCACCCCAGAGGAGACGCUAACCCUCCAGAAACCCAUGGAAGAGUGGUACAACGGGCUCCCGCACUACUUCAAGCAGCCCAUGCCGCAGGAACCCGCGAACUUCGUCCUCGUCCGCAACCGCCUCAUGUGGCGCGACUGGAACCUGCGCAUCCUCAUCUACCGACCGAUUCUGCUCCGGUGGGCGUCGCGACGGUGGACACCUAACACCCCGGCAGUCGAGCACGAGGACCCCUACGAGGCAGACUGCAGGACGCUCUGCCUCCGCAACGCGCGAUUGACCAUCUCCUCCAUCACGGAUUUCAUGAGCAACCACAUCUGCACGCGGAUCGGCGCCUGGUACAUGCUAUACUUCCUCUUCCAAGCCGGCCUCAUCCCCAUCGUCAUGCUAAUGACAGACCCCACAAGCGCCGACGCGCCCGCCUGGCUCCAAGACAUCGAAGCAACCAAGAGCCUCCUGCUUCACCCAUCGCUCAGCAACAACCGCCUCGCAACGCGCUGCCUGGAGGUCAUCAACAGACUUUGCUCGCCGGUGUACUCGAGCCCACCGGCGGACGGAUCAUCGUCGACGGGGCAGCCGCAGCAGCCGUCGAUUCUGACGCAGUUCUCGGAUCAGCUGUUUGGGGAUCCGACUUUUGUGGGCAGCAUGUUUCCGGAUGUUGAUCAGGAGUUGAAUCUCAGUGGGAUGGAUUUUUCCGAGUGGGUGAAUUUUACGCCGCAGCAUGAGUUUCAGUCGUAG